ACGUCACCCGGAUGAAGGACGCGCUGUGAUGAUGAUGGUGCGCAUGCGCCACUUCAUGAGCGAAACUUGUGUGUUGAGGUUGAAACGAUAAUAAAGUCGAUUUCACUGCGGAUUUCAGAAACUAGAAAGCCGUUUACUAUCGUCCAUCCACCGGUGCUCAUCAUCAUGUCCACUGAAGAAGAGCUGCUGUCCGUGGAUUAUGAGGUGUAUGGGAGAGUGCAGGGCGUGUUCUUUAGGAAACACACACAGUCAGAAGGGCAGAAGCUGGGUCUGGUGGGCUGGGUGCAGAACACCGACGCCGGGACGGUCCAGGGCCAGAUCCAGGGUCCGGCUAGUAAAGUCCAGCAGAUGCAGCGCUGGCUCCGCACCACCGGCAGCCCGCAGUCUCGCGUCGCCAAAGCAGAGUUCAGGAACGAGCGCGCCGUGGAUAAACUGGAUUUUAAGGACUUCAAAGUUGUUCGUUAAUGACAGAACAACUCAAGUAGUAUUUAUUUACAUGUACUAUUUAUUUUAGUGUUUCAUUUUUUUUUUUUUUUUUGUGACCUAUUGCCUGUUACUGGUAUAAAUAUGAGGGAAAACACCUUUAUAUACCAGCUUCUCCCAGAUUUCUGUAACACUCACAGCUAAUAUAAUAGACUCCACCCCUGAA